AGCGCUAGUGGCAAACGAGCAACGGCGGAUAGAAGAAUGGCACGUCGCCGUGUGAAUACUAGAUUCGCAUAUAUAUAAAUAUAUUAUAUAUUUUACAACAAAUAAGACGAUAGCAGUGCAGUGGAUGGUAACACGGCGGCCGAAGACGCUGCCGGAGUGCAAAGCGUGCGUAUGCAAAUUCGGCCACCCAGCGCCAUAUCYGCGCACGAGAGUAAAAUACUGCGACGACGCGAUAAGACAUUCGCCAAUUCGGCCGCGCGCAGUCACUCACAGCCCCGUGAAGCCGAACGACUCACCAGUCCAGAAGCSGAYGUGCUCAUGCGYAGCGCGAAACAACGUAGUCUCUCAUCGCCGCGGCACAAGGAUGAKUCCAGUGAGAGUGAACGCAACGGCAAGCAAGCGCUUGCGAUGGCCGAUGAGAACAUUAGCCGUUUGGAGCAGAAUUUGCGACGCUGUGAGGAGGAACGCAAGCGCUUCGAGUCGGACAAACGUCAGUUUGAGCGAGAAAAACGCGAAAAUCGGCUGCGCUAUAAACAGCUGCMCGACAGCGACGAGCGGAAACGUUUGCUACAGAAUUAUCGUAAACUAAGCGAUCGCAUACAAUUGCCGGCCGACGCUGAGGAACGACGCCGCAUGGUGCACAGCUUGCGUUUGCARCGCAAUGAAGCGCCCACACUGCAGCCACGUCAAMAACACAGCGGCUACGAAGAGUCCUCCACACAAUUCUCCUCAUCCGAAGUAGACGAUGUGGAGGAAUCCCGAGCACAUCGGUUGGAAAAGCAUACGCACCCCGUGCGCCGACAAGUGUCAGCCAUUACAKGUGCAGUAAAUUAUGUAGUCGAUGUGCGUGGUCCGCCACCACAGCCGCCAGAGCGCCGCAGUGUUAGCCGCAAUCACUCACUCUCACCUAUGCGACCGCAAAGACGUUCGAAGACGCCGGAACAGCGUGCGGAAAUUAUGCGUAGGCUAGCCGAAAAUGAGGCCAAUAACAGUAAGUCGACUAGCAUAACACCAGAGCCGCAAAGUCCAGCCACACCCAUGGAGCAAACAAUGCCGGAAUAUUCAAAGUCACAGCUUCCAGYCGGUAUGGCUGAAGUGCGUCGGCGUUACAGCACGCCACGCAAGGAUUCGCUUACCGAAAUUGCCAAGCGUAGAAAGCAAAGCUUAGAGAAAGCCCAGCUAGAGGCUGCAAUGYUGCUUGCGGCUAAAGAAGCAGAGGCAGCUAGGUUAGAGGAGGAAGCACGUAAGGCUGAGGCUGCUGUGCCGCUUAUGGCUAAGAUUAUCCGCGGURUAUUCGCAUUAUUCAUUAGCACACAUGCAGAAAAACCAAAGUCCACAACAACAACUGAGGUACAUUUCGCAUCUGAGGAACUGCUUUUGCCACAAGAUUUAAUUGCCGAAGAUUUACCUAAGAAUUUGGUCUCCAAAGAACUGAUACGACAUCUCUACUUCGASGCUCGUCAGCAAUGGCGACGCAUGAAGACCGAUUUUCCGAAAGAGUUAAACACUAUUCGGUURUUGCGGAAUAAAUGUGUUGCAGAGUUGAUUCUACUAAUUUUGCUUUGCGGUUUCGGUGGUCUGAUAUUCCGUUACACCGAGGGUACUUCGGAGAAUAUCUACAAAUGUGAAGUGCGUAAGGUAAAGCGUGACUUUAUCGAUAAUUUGUGGACAGUUAGUCACAACAUGAGGGAGGACGAUUGGAAAUCGCUUGCACGUCAGAAGUUACGGAAAUUCGAAGACGAACUUAAUUCACUUGCUGAGUUGGGUAUACGRCGAUACCCGGGUCAGAAAUCGUGGAACUUUGUAAAUUGCAURCUAUUCUGUUGGACCGUUAUAACAAGUAUAGGUUAUGGUCACAUUGCACCGGUAACCACUUUGGGCCGUACUUUGGCCAUCAUCUAUGCCAUCAUUGGUAUACCGCUGUUCUUACUCAUUCUUGCGGAUUAUGGUAAACUCUUUACGCGUGCGCUGAAAUUUCUUUGGGUCUAUGUGCGACGCUUGUAUUACACCGGCACUUGUCGUAAUAUACGUAAACAUCAGUCGGUACGUGACGCCAUGAAAUUGGCACGACGCUCGAGUAUGUUCUUUGGACGUGAAAUGGAUAUUGAGUCGCGCACAACUGCGCCCGAAACACCAUCGUCACCAUUCGAUGAAACCUUCGAAAUAGAUGAUGAAUUUAAUUUACCCAUUUCGGUGGCUUCAUUCUUGCUGAUCAGCUAUAUUUUGAUUGGUGCGCUAUUCUACUCYAUGUGGGAGAAUUGGAGUUACUUUGAGGCAUUCUACUUUGUCUUCAUCUCGAUGUCCACCAUUGGUUUCGGUGAUAUGGUGCCGAAUCAUCCGAUAUUCAUGAUGUGUAGCAUACUCUAUUUGGUCUUCGGUUUGGCGCUCACCUCUAUGUUCAUCAAUGUGGUGCAGAUUAAGUUGAGCGAUACCUUCAAGCAAGCCUCGAUCAAGCUGAGCACUACAAUUGGCAUUGAAUUGCCGCCCGAUGAGAAUGCUGAGGGUGCGAUUGAAAAUGCAGAAGCGGGCGCAGAAACGACGGUGAAUCUGAAAAUGUCACCAACUGCUACUUCGCCAGCGAGUACGAUGCCAGCGAGUACGAUGCCAGCGAAUGAGUUUGACCUGAAAGUGCCGUCGCUAGCGCCACCACGCCCAAACAGCAACAAUGUGGGUGAGCACGAAAGUCCGCCACCGCUGCCGAGUCGCAAGCAAGAAGUCGAGUCGAGUGAAGUUAAGAAAAAGGGUUGGCGAUUUUGGUAGACGAAAUGCACUUGCGAAGUAUGAC